CUCGCCAGAGGGAGGCGGAGCAGAGCACGCCUCGGCGCAUGCGCGCUCGUCCCGCCUCGCCCGCGCCCUGAGGUGGCUGCCCCGGGCCCGCCGCGGUGCCGGUGCCGAUGGACAGGUUCGUGGUUAAACGCCCUCCCGAGGAGCCGGGGGACAACGGGAAGAGGCCGCGGCCGGAGGAGCCCGCCCCGCGGCAGCCCCGCUGGCAGGAGAUCCGGGCGGAGGGCCUGAGCUGCGACUACCGGCUGCUCUUCGGUAAGGCGGAGGCUGACGAGAUCCUCCGGCAGCUGGAAGAGCAGGUGGAGUACUUCGAAGGGGAAAUAACAAAACUGCAUGUGUUUGGCAAAUGGCAUGACAUUCCAAGGAGGAUGGUAACCUACGGAGACCCUGAGUUAACAUACAUGUACUCAGGUGUUACCUUCUCUCCUAAGCCCUGGAUCCCAGUUCUGAACCAUAUCAGAGAGCGCAUCGCUUCGGACACAGGACAUACUUUCAAUUUUGUGCUUAUCAACAGAUACAAAGAUGGUGAGGACCACAUAGGUGAGCAUCGAGAUGAUGAGAGAGAACUGGUUCCCCGCAGCCCCAUUGCGUCCGUGUCCUUCGGAGCUUGCAGGGACUUUGUCUUCAGGCACUAUGCUUCCCGAGGGAAGAAUGCAAAAUGCCACAUCAAGCCCAUCAAGCUGCAGCUAGCCCACGGGAGCCUGCUGAUGAUGAAGUACCCCACCAAUGUGUAUUGGUACCACAGCCUGCCCCCCCGCAAGAGAGUGCUUGCCCCAAGAGUCAACCUCACAUUUCGGAAAGUGAUGGCUAUAGCCAAGAAGUGAAUUACUCAGCAAUCAAGCCCCAGGUUGUUUGACUCUGAAAAUAGAAACUUUCUUUCCCAAAGUAACUCAGUUUCUCAUUCAAACACUGUCUUUGAUGAUCUAAGGUACAAAUUAAACCAAGAGAGGAGGCAGCAUUCUUGGUAACAUGCUAAUAAAGACUGCGACUGCUGAUCUUAAAUGCCAGGAAUAGUUUGUGAAAUGCUGCUGUAGUUCUGCACAUACAUGUUUUUAAUGAGUAAGACCUUUGUUUUACUCAGGAGGAAUUUUGUUCUCAACUCAUCUUCAUCUAGCCAGUUUUCCCAGAAGAUCAAAAUACUCUGUAGCCUCAAGGUAGCCAUGCAACAGUUUGUAAAUACUAUAAAGUACAAGAUGUGAUCAUUUGUAGCUGAUGCUGUUCAACAGGUGACGCUUUCUUGUCUGCUCUGUCAAUAAGCUAUAGUUUGCUUAUCUUUUAAGAAUAAAAUACAACUGAGACUGCCA